AUGACCAAAGAGGAUAUUUCACAUGCGGACUACGCUCUAGCAAUGGUCUGUGCACUACCACUGGAGCUAACCGCCGCGAAAGCGAUGCUCGAUGAAAUCCAUACCCAGCUUCCAUCAUCUUCCACCCAGUGUAGCUACACAUUGGGGAGAAUCAAGGGUCAUAAUACAGUGCUAGCCUGCCUACCCUCUGGAGUUCCUGGCACAACAUCAGCAGCCGCAAUUGUCUCUUAUAUACAAUCAACCUUCCCAAAUAUUCGAUGUGGGCUUAUGGUCGGGAUUGGAGGUGGCGUGCCGAGCAAAACAGCAGACAUUCGUCUAGGUGACGUGGUGGUUAGCAAGCCCACUGGUAUAUCUAGUGGUGUUGCCCAAUAUGAUCUUGGCAAAACCAUCAGCGGAGGAUACUUCCAGCAAACGGGAACAUUGAACCAGCCACCGACCAUCCUAUUAACUGCAAUCGCGCAACUCGAAGCGAGUGAAAUGAUGAGAAGAAGUGAUGCUAUUUCAAAGUCAAUCUCGCAUGUGUUGAGUCAGAACCCAGACAUGGAGGCUUCAUUUUCACGACCUCAGGGAGAAGACCGCCUUUUUGAAGCGACAUAUGAGCAUCUGGAAGGCAAUCCAUCUUGUAUCGCAUGUGAUGCUGAUAAACAGAUCUCCCGGACAUUAAGAGUAUCCAGAGAGCCUCAAAUUCAUUACGGAAUCAUCGCUUCCGGCAAUCAAGUGAUGAAAGAUGGCCAUACCCGAGACCGGAUUGCAAGGAGGCUAAAUGCUUUGUGCUUUGAGAUGGAAGCAGCAGGAAUUAUGAAUAAUCUCCCCUGCCUUGUGAUCCGUGGGAUCUGUGACUAUUGUGAUUCGCACAAAAACAAACAGUGGCAAGGCUAUGCUGCUCUUGCUGCUGCUGCUUAUGCCAAGCUACUGCUCUCUGUGCUACCGGUGACCCAGACCCCAAAAAGUGAGGCGCUGCCGCAGGCUUUCUGGAUGGUACCAUUUGAUCAGAACCCACAGUUUCUAGGAAGAGAGAGCGAAAUUGGUCGGCUAGAAAAUUUAAUCUUACCUGAAAAUCGUACUCGAAAAGCAGCAAUUGCGGGGUUGGGAGGGAUUGGAAAGACACAGAUCGCACUCGAGUUGGCGUAUCGUAUUCGCGAUCGAGAUCCGAACCGGUCUAUCUUCUGGAUUCGAUCAACCAAUAUGGAGGCCGUGGAAAAGUCAUUCGUGGAUAUAAGUGACACUUUGAAAUUGCAGAAUGUAAUAUCAGGCGAUGACAAAUCACAGGUGAAGGCCUAUUUAAGUUCUGAGAGGGCUGGCCCGUGGCUGCUGAUCAUCGAUAAUGCAGAUGAUGCGGAAAUAUGGAUGUCCGCAAAAGGCCCAGUUCCUGCACUAAAAACAUUUCUUCCCCGGAGUCAAAAUGGAUUUACUGUCUUCACAACACGAAAUCAACAACUUGCAAAUAGUCUGGUGGGACGAGACAUUAUCAAAAUUCCUGAACUCAAUGACAAGUUAGCAAUAGAUCUACUUCGAGCUUCACUUGUUGAAGAGAAUCUGAUGAAGGACGACACAUCUACCAUAACACUUAUACACCAGCUCGGUGGUCUCCCUCUAGCGCUUAUACAAGCGACGAGUUAUAUUAAUCAAAACUCAAUUACCCUGAAUGAAUACGUGAUGCUACUGAAUGAGCAAGAAAGUAUUAAAGUGGAGUUGCUGAGCCAGGAUUUUGAGGACGACUAUCGAUAUGAAGAUAUCCAGAACCCGGUGGCAGCUACAUGGCUAAUAUCUUUCGAACAAAUCCGCCGGUCAAACUUGUUAGCAGCAGAAUAUUUAUCACAUAUAGCAUGUGUUGACCCCCGGGAUAUUCCACUAUCUUUUCUUCCGCAGAAGGGCUCGCUGAUUGACCAGCAGAAAGCAAUGGGACUUUUGAAGGCUUAUUCUUUCAUUACAGAAAUGGCCAACAGCCGAUUUAUCAAUAUGCACCGACUUGUUCAUUUAGCCACUAGAAGCUGGCUUAGAAGUGAAAAGCUUUUAGAGCAUUGGACUAUAAAGACUGGCGAACUUCUAAGUGAGGUUUUCCCCUCCGAUGAAUACGAUAACCGGAUACUGUGGCGGGGGUACUUACCGCACGCACUAUUUAUUCUCCAAAGCCAGGAAUAUCCAAAAGAUAACCUAGAAAGAGAGAGCCUGUCACAGAGGGUUGCUCAAUGUCUUUAUGCUGACGGGAGAUAUAAUGAGGCGGAGGCACCGUUCAAAGAGGUAUUUGAAAGACGAACUCAACGGUUAAAAAAAGAAGAUCCGGAGAUCUUUGAAAGUAUGGCGAACCUCGCAUCCACAUACAGAGAUCAGGGUCGAUGGAACAAAGCCGAAGAGCUGUUCGUGCAAGUGCUGAAUUUUCGCAAGACAGUGCUGGGCCCUGAGCAUCCCUCUACACUGACCAGCAUGGCCGACCUCGCAUCCAUAUACAGGAAUCAGGGCCGAUGGAAAGAAGCCGAAGAGCUGGACAGGAAAGUAAUGGACACUCGCAAGACAGUGCUGGGCCCUAAAAAUCCCGACACACUUAACAGUAUGGCCAACCUCGCAAUCACAUACAGGAAUCAGGGUCGAUGGAAAGAAGCCGAAGAGUUGUUUGUGCAAGUAUUGAAUAUUCGCAAGACAGUGCUUGGGCCUGAACAUCCCUCUACACUGACCAGUAUGGCCGACCUCGCAUCCUCAUUUUGGAAUCAGAGUCGAUGGAACGAAGCUGAAGAGUUGUUCGUGCAAGUGCUGGAUAUGCGUAAGAUAGUGCUUGGGCCUGAACAUCCCGACACACUGGCCAGUAUGGCCAACCUCGCUUCCACAUACAGGAAUCAGGGUCGGUCUAAAGAAGCCGAAGAGCUGGACGUCAAAGUAGUGGACACUUGGAAGAAAUUGCUGGGACCUGAGCAUCCCGACACACUGACCACUAUGGCCAACCUCGCAUGUACAUACAGUAGUCAGGGCCGAUGGAAAGAAGCCGAAGAGCUAGACAGGAAAGUAAUGGACACUCGCAAGACAGUGCUCGGGCCUGAACAUCCCUCUACACUGACCAGUAUGGCCAACCUCGCAUCCACAUACAGAGAUCAGGGCCGAUGGAAAGAAGCCGAAGAGCUGGAGGUGCAAGUAGUGGACACUUGGAAGACAUUGCUGGGACCUGAGCAUCCCGACACACUGACCACUAUGGCCAACCUCGCAAUUACAUAUAGUAAUCAGGGCCGAUGGAAAGAAGCCGAAGAGCUGGACAGGAAAGUAAUGGACACUCGCAAGACAGUGCUGGGCCCUAAAAAUCCCGACACACUUAACAGUAUGGCCAACCUCGCAAUCACAUACAGGAAUCAGGGUCGAUGGAAAGAAGCCGAAGAGUUGUUUGUGCAAGUGUUGAACAUUCGCAAGACAGUGCUUGGCCCUAAACAUCCCGACACACUGGCCAGUAUGGCUAACCUUGCAAUUAUAUACAGGAAUCAGGGUCGAUGGAAAGAAGCUAAAGAGUUAUUUGUGCAAGUGCUGGAUAUUCGCAAGAUAGUGCUUGGGCCUCAACAUCCUGACACGCUGACCAGUUUGGCCAACCUUGCUUCCAUAUACAGGAAUCAGAGCCAAUGGAAAGAAGCCGAAGAGUUAGACGUGAAAGUAAUGGAUAUUCGCAAGAUAGUGCUUGGGCCUGAACAUCCUGGCACGCUGACCAGUAUGGCCAACCUCGCAAUCACAUACAGGAGUCAAGGUAGAUGGAAAGAAGCUGAAGAGCUGGAGGUGCAAGUGCUGGACAUUCGCAAGACAGUGAUGGGCCCCGAGCAUCCCGACACACUGACUAGUAUGUGGAGUUUGGCUUACACUAUAAAAGAUCAAGGUCGCCAUGCCGAAGGUCUAGCCUUGCUUGAAGCUUGUGUUCUGCUACGAGGAAAGUCCCUCGGACAAACCCAUCCCGAUACUAUUAGAGCCCUGUCAGACCUAGAACUCUGGCGAAAGGCCCUUCUGAAUCAGUCCCAUAUUGCAAGUGAUCAAUCAGCGCCACAGUUACAUCCAACGGUAACCAUAGACAGUCCCGACAAAACUAUGAUCUGUGACAACCUGCUCCAAACUCAUAUUCGUCCUCACCUUUUAUUACAGAAUGGCCUACCGAGCACCUUUCCGUCCCUAUUUCCUGCAUUGCAAAUUUCUCACCAACCAGUGCAAACCACUAACGAAGAUAAGGAUGAAGUUGACUAG